CCCGUGCAGUCGGGGCUUGGGACCUAGGACGGGCGGGGUCGGGAAGCAUCCCGGGGCCGGCUCGCAUGGGCUGGGUCCUGGCCCGACUGCGGCCGCCGGCCCGCGCCCCGUCUGGACCCUCCGGGCGGCCCCGAUCCGCGGCGGGGUUCACAGGGAGGGCUCCUUCCGCAGAGACCUAGCCUCGCCCAGGAUGGACAGACGGAUGCCCUAGGCCAGGCACACCCACUCCUGACCCCGACAGACAGAGUCACCGCCCCCCCGCGAGAACCCUCCCUGACCACCGGACCGACGGACUUCCCUGUCCCCUCCCAGGCUGGACACGCUGGUGCACACCCCGGCCCGGGAGGGACCGAUGGUGGACAGAGCGCCUUCCCCUCCGCGCACACUGCUAGCUGCAGAGUUGUCAGAUGCAGACACACUGACCCCAGGAGGGACAGAACAGACAGACACUUCCACCCUGGACUGAGACGCUCUUCCUCUGUGCGCGUGUCUGGCCCCAGAACGUGCACACACCCCUGACUCUGGCCCCGCAGCCUAGGGUGGCCAGGACUUGGCCCUGCUUGCUCUUGACUGCCUCCAACCCCAACUUAGCUGAGGCUUUGCAUCCAUCCUGGCAGCUUGGAGUUUCCCUCUGAGGAUUGUGAUCUUCCAGCUGCCUGGCCCGAGGUGGAAGUUCUGGGGCCUGAGCAAGCGUGGGGGCUGCCUGUGACUAGGGCGGGUGGAGUCUGGCCCUGACGUUUCUUUUGUAGGGAUCUCCGGCCUCAUCAUGGACCCGGAGUGCUCCCGGCUUCUCCCAGCUCUCUGUACUGUUCUGGCGGACCCUAGGCAGCCCGUGGCAGAUGACACCUGUUUGGAGAAGCUGCUGGACUGGUUUAAGACGAUAAGUGAAGCAGGGUCCAGUCUGCUCUUGUUACAGGAGAAUCCCUGCCUGGUAGAGCUUCUCUUCCAAGUGCUGAGACCCCAGGACCUAAGCGCCAGAGUCCUCUCCUUCUCACUCCGCCUCGCAGGGAUAUUUGCGGCCCAGGAGGACUGCUUCCAGUAUCUUCAGCAGGGGGAGCUGCUGCCCGGGCUCUUUGGGGAGGCGGGACCCGUUGGCCAAGCAGCCUGGACUGCCCCCACCGUGCGCAGCGGCUGGAUCCAGGGCCUGCGCUCCCUGGUGCAGCACCCCAGCGCCCUGCACUUCCUGGCCGACUGCGGUGCCCUUGACACCGUCUUCUCCCUGCAGGGAGAUUCCAGCCUGUUUGUGGCCUCAGCAGCCGGGCAGCUCCUGGCGCACAUCCUGGGCUUGUCCAUGCGAGGCCCGGCCGAGGGACUCCCCAGCCUGCAGGCUCCUGACUGGCCGGCGUGUGCCCAGAAGAUUGUGGGUCACCUGGAAGAGUCGCUGCGCUCCACGGCACCCCCGCAGGUCACUCAGGCCCUGAACGUCCUGACCACCACGUUCGGGCACUGCCACAGCCCUUGGACACGAGUCCUUUGGGAGCGGCUGGGUCCCCUCGUGGCCUGUCUGCUCGAGGAAGACCCCCUUCCCGCUGCGCACUCGCUCGUGGAUCUCCUCCUCAGCGUGGCCCGGUCUCCUGUGUUGAGUUCUGACUGUGGCCUGUGGGAGACAUUAGCACAGACUCUGAGACAUCUGAGCCCCACACAAGCAGGGCCUCUGGCUCUGGGGAUCCUGAAACUGCAGGACUGUCCACAGGCACUGAGGGCCCAGGCAUUUGGUGUCCUCCUCCAGCCCCUGGCCUGUGUCCUGAAAGCUGCCGAUCAGGCCCCCGGCCCCCCAGGCUUGCUGGAGGGCAUCACGGGCGACUCGGUGACAGUGGACACGCUCCUCUCCUCCAAGUCAGCCUGUGCGGGUCUCCUGUGCCGGACCCUGGCCCACCUAGAGUUGCUGCAGCCGCUGCCCCAGCGUCCCUCGCCCUGGCCCCAGGCGCCCCUUUUGGGGGCUGCGGUGACAAUACUGCGGUUCUGCAAUGGCUCAGCAGCCCCGGCCUCCGACGUGGGGGGCCGCCUCUGUGCUCUCCUGGCGGGCUGUGUCCGGGUCCAGCGAGCAGCCCUCGAUUUCCUGGGGACGCUGUCUCAGGAGACAGGCCCCCAGGAGUUGGUGACGCAGGUCUUUUCUGUCCUCCUGGAGCACCUCAGGAGCCCCGACUCCAGCGCCACGGUUCUGAAGAAGGCCUUCCAGGCCACGCUCCGAUGGCUCCUGAGCUCCCCCAAGACCCCUGGCUGCUGCGAUUUGGACCCCCACACCCAGCUGUUCCUCAGAGAGCUGCUCCCUGUGGUGCAGAAGCGCCUGUGCAGCCCUUGCUGGGAGGUCAGGGACUCAGGCCUUGAGUUCCUGACGCAAGUGACCAGACACUGGGGAGGGCAGGCCGGCUUCAGACAUGUGCUCCUCACUUCAGAAGUACCUGAGCUCGCCGAGCAGCUCCUGCGAGACCCUGAGAGUUACGUCCGCGCGAGCGCAGUGACAGCCAUGGGGCAGCUGUCUAGCCAGGGCCUGCACGCCACCGCCGCCAGCCCUGAGCACCCAGGGGGCCAGCAGAAGAGCCUGCUCGUGGAGCUUCUGCGCAUCCUCUCCGAAGACUCAGAGGGCUUCCCCCGGAGAGCUGUCAUGCAGGUCUUCACCCAGUGGCUGAGGGACGGCCAUGCUGACGUGACUGAGGACACGGAGCGGUUUGUGGCCAGGGUGCUCCAGGCGGCAAGCCGGGACCUGGACUGGGAGGUCCGGGCCCAGGGCCUUGAGCUUGCGCUGGUGUUCCUGGCGCAGACGCUGGGCCAGCCUGGCUCCCACUGCCCCUACGCUGUGGCUCCGCCCCAGGCGACCCUGCGCAGCCCGCCGGCCCAGGCCCUGCAGGCGCUCUGCCGAGUGCGGCUCUUUGAGUUCGCCUUCCGCGCUUUGUUUGACUGUGACCGCCCCGUGGCCCAGAAGUCCUGUGACCUCCUCCUCUUCCUGAGGGCCAGGACUGUUCCCCACAGCGGCCCGCAGGAGGCAGGGGGCAGCCCCGAUGUGGUCUCUGUGGAGGCUGCCCUGCAGAGGUGGCGGGCGGGUGAGCAGGGCCCACCCCUGGGGGACCUGGAGCCUGAGACCGUGCUGGCCGUGCUGAGGUCCAUGGACCUGGAGGGCCUGCGGGGUGCGCUGGCCGAGAGCAGUGACCAUGUGGAGGAGAGCCCUCAGUCGCUCCUGCAGGAUGUGCUGGCCGCCGUGGGCGUCCUGGGGGAGAACCAGGCGGACUGCUACUGAGGCAGCCCCAUGGAGACCUCCCCACUCUCCUGCUGCUGCGCCGCGUCCGUUCCUCGGGCCCCUGCCGUCCCAAGGGCUCCAGCCUGGCCUGGCUGCUCAAGGGACCCUCAGGGAAGCUGGGACCAGGUAAGACCAGCAAGGUCAAAGAGUCCCACGUUUUGAUGUGUUAUUAAAGAAGUGGCUUAUUUUCUACUCAAAAUAAAUGGCAUUUGACAGUG